AUGAACGAGGAAAUUGGACCAGAAAGGAAGCAGUCAGAAGAUACCAUUUCUCUUUUGUUGCCUGUCCUCCAUUUCUCUUUUGUUGCCUGUCCUCCAUUUCUCUUUUGUUGCCUGUCCUCCAUUUCUCUUUUGUUGCCUGUCCUCCAUUUCAAACUGUUGCCUGUCCUCCAUUUCCAUUUCUCUUUUUUGUUGCCUGUCCUCCAUUUCUCUUUUUGUUGCCUGUCCUCCAUUUCUCUUUUGUUGCCUGUCCUCCAUUUCUCUUUUGUUGCCUGUCCUCCAUUUCAAACUGUUGCCUGUCCUCCAUUUCAAACUGUUGCCUGUCCUCCAUUUCAAACUGUUGCCUGUCCUCCAUUUCAAACUGUUGCCUGUCCUCCAUUUCAAACUGUUGCCUGUCCUCCUCCAUUCCUCCAUUUCAAACUGUUGCCUGUCCUCCAUUUCAAACUGUUGCCUGUCCUCCAUUUCAAACUGUUGCCUGUCCUCCAUUUCAAACUGUUGCCUGUCCUCCAUUUCAAACUGUUGCCUGUCCUCCAUUUCAAACUGUUGCCUGUCCUCCAUUUCAAACUGUUGCCUGUCCUCCAUUUCAAACUGUUGCCUGUCCUCCAUUUCAAACUGUUGCCUGUCCUCCAUUUCAAACUGUUGCCUGUCCUCCAUUUCAAACUGUUGCCUGUCCUCCAUUUCAAACUGUUGCCUGUCCUCCAUUUCAAACUAGGAUUGCCAUCAAAAUCACUCUCCGUCCAUCUCUCUCCCUCCAUCCCUCUCUCUGUCUCUCUCUCUCUCUCUCUCUGUCCGCAUACUGAAGCCCUUGGUUACUUGUUUUUUUUUCUUCCUCCUCCUCUCGUCAUCGCUUUUGACCUCCUCCUCACGUCAUCGCUUUUGUCCUCCUCCUCUCGUCAUCGCUUUUGUCCUCCUCCUCUCGUCCAUCGCUUUUGUCCUCCUCCUCUCGUCAUCGCUUUUGUCCUCCUCCUCUCGUCAUCUUUUGUCCUCCUCCUCUCGUCCUCGCUUUUGUCCUCCCUCCUCGUCAUCGCUUUUGUCCUCCUCCUCUCGUCAUCGCUUUUUGUCCUCCUCCUCUCGUCAUCGCUUUUGUCCUCCUCCUCUCGUCAUCGCUUUUGUCCUCCUCCUCUCGUCAUCGCUUUUGUCCUCCUCCUCUCGUCAUCGCUUUUGUCCUCCUCCUCUCGUCAUCGCUUUUGUCCUCCUCCUUUUAUCGCUUUCCUCCUUCUCUUUUUAUCGCUUUCCUCCUCCUCUCUUUAUCGCUUUCCUCCUUCUCUCUUUAUCGCUUUCCUCCUCCUCUUUUUAUCGCUUUCCUCCUUCUCUUUUUAUCGCUUUCCUCCUCCUCUCGUCAUCGCUUUCGUCCUCCUCUCGUCAUCGCUUUUGUCCUCCUUCUCUUUUUAUCGCUUUUGUCCUCCUUCUCUUUUUAUCGCUUUUGUCCUCCUUCUCUUUUUAUCGCUUUUGUCCUCCUUCUCUUUUUAUCGCUUUUGUCCUCCUUCUUUUUUUAUCCUUUUGUCCUCCUUCUCUUUUUUAUCGCUUUUGUCCUCCUUCUCUUUUUAUCGCUUCUGUUUUCUUGUAUAUAAUUGA